AGAAGAAGAAGUGGAAGCGGAAGCGGAAGCAGAACCAUGGACGUAUAGUUUCCAGCGUGUGUGAAAUUCAAUGAUGCAGUCAGGGUCACUAGCAAAAUAGCAAUGUUUUGUGUGAAUACUCUGCGUAGACUGAGACCUUGUGUUGUUGCUCAGUCCUUCAGUAACAGUCACACUACGGCCGCGCGACACCGCGUGCCGUUUAACGUGUCUUGUUUCAGAGGAGCGUGUGGGAACCAGCUAACGUCGCAUGCUAACAGAAGGUCGUUCCUCCACUUUAACAACAAGGUGCAGUCCCGCUGUCCGUCCAGCCGAUGUCUCUCUGCGGCGACCCACUCCGAGGAUGGGAACCUCAUUUACACUGGCAGCCUGGGAACUGCUGUUCGAGGGGUGAAGAUGUUUUCUUACAGCACCAGCGGGGCCAGCCUCUUCCUCAUGCCCCACAUCCUCCUGAAGACCGGAGUCCAGGGCUUCGUCAUGAAGGCGGCGUUCUGUGGAGUUAUUGGAUUCUUCACCUUCCUCACCCCCGUCCUCCUCCACCUCAUCACCAAGGGCUACGUGGUGCGCCUGUACCACAACCCCGACACAGACACCUACACUGCCAUCACCUACAGUGUGUUUCUCACUGAGAAAAGGAACGUGUUUCACCAGAGGCAGGUCCGGAUCCCAGCCGUCAGCAAGAUGUUCACCACCUUGUACGCUGGUGAAAUGGGGCUGCUGGUAAACCCGGACAUGUUCCCCAUCCCACAUGACUACAACCACCUGAUGGGCUACGAUAAGCCCUUCAGCUUCGACACAGACGACAUAGAUAGACCUGAUAAGAGCUGAACCGCUGGGUUGAAUGUGGUUUUAGGAUUUGAAUUAUAUCCACAACUCCAAACUGCAGAGUACAUACAAAAACAUUUCAACCAGGGUGGAAUAUCCACAGGGGACUUUAAUAACUCUCAACUAGAUUUCCAGAUGUUUUAUCUGUCAAUAUGUUGAUGGAUGUUUCAUGUUAAUAAAUUAUGUCAUCAACAUGA